AGUAUCGCGGCCGUUUUCUCUGAUCAACUUCUCCGCAGAAAAGCGGUGACUGUUGCCAAGUCGAGGAAGUUUCGGGACCAUCACGGGAAGGUUCUGCUGGAGGGUCACAGGCUGAUCAAGGAUGCCCUGCAGGCCGGAGCUGUGCUGCAGACUCUCUUCUUCAGCACCGUGGGCCACCUGAAGGAGCUGCCCGAGGCAGAGCUAAAACGAGCCAACUUAGUGAAAGUGAAAUUUGAAGACAUUAAGAGCUGGUCUGACCUCAUAACUCCUCAGGGGCUUAUAGGGAUCUUUUCCAAGCCUGACCAUGCCAAGAUGGCUUAUCCUGCUGCUCAGCUAACCAACUCAUUGCCAGUGCUCCUAAUCUGUGACAACAUCCGAGAUCCAGGAAACUUGGGGACUAUUCUGAGAUCUGCAGCAGGAGCAGGCUGUGAAAAAGUGCUGCUCACCAAAGGCUGUGUGGAUCCGUGGGAGCCAAAGGUGCUUCGUGCAGGUAUGGGAGCUCACUUCCGUGUGCCCAUCGUUGCCAAUCUGGACUGGGAAUCUGUUCCCAGCAAUCUCCCUGCUGGCGUCCAGGUCUGUGUGGCUGACAACAAAGACCCAGGCGUGCAGACUGAGACAGAGUUCACGUCAGGGAGCGCCAGCAGCUCCGUCUCUGUUUCUAGCAACUUGCAGGCUCCUGUAAAAUCAAAACCCAAGGCUCAUCCUUCUGAGAGUGAGGCUGGGGAGGGAAUGGCGGGUGUCGGUGUCCCAGAGCUCGCUGCACAGUAUUACUACGAGAACUGGGUACAAACCCCUGUGGCAGUAGUGAUUGGCGGAGAGACCCAAGGUCUGAGUCCAGCUGCACUUCACCUCGCAGCGAGCACAGGGGGGAAGAGACUGGUCAUUCCUGUGGUCCCAGGCGUGGACAGCUUGAACUCUGCGAUAGCUGCUGGUAUUGUGCUGUUUGAAGGGAAGAGACAAUUGCUGUGGAGGUACAAGCAAGAUGAAAGGCAGACGUUCCCUGUGGUAGGCUAAGCUGCUGAGAUUCGGGUGCUGAAAAAAGCAUCUCUUUCCUCUGGCAUCCGGCAGAGGAGUUAAUAAAAGAGCAGCUCAGGCUGUUUUGUUUGUGCUAUCCUGUGUAUUAAGUAGUUCUGACAGGGGC